ACGAGUCUUGACUUCUUCAACGGUCAGUCUUAGUCAGCUGAAUAUCGUGUUCGCAUGUAUACAGUGCCCUACAUUUUGUGCGUGUAAAAUGUCUGUCAAUGAAACUAAAUAUCACACGAAAAUUAAUAAAGAAGAAUUCGUAUUUACGUGGGUGAUUGAUAAUUGGCCAUCACAGCUUUCGUUAACGGGUGCAUCAAGAAUGUCGUCGCCAAUUUUCAAUGUCGGGAGUAAUAAAGAAUUGAAGUUUUAUUUACAAUUUUCUGAAAGGAUUGGCAACUCACAUUCUUCAUAUGGGGAUUUAAGUUUAUUCUGUUUAAAGAGAAAUAUAGAACUACCAUGCAAGUACAAGAUAUCAGUUAUCAAGGAUCAGCCAAUUGUUAGCACGGCGCCGGGACGCAGCUCGAGCGAGGUGCUGAUCGGCGAGGUGGACAUACCCAUGCGCGACGACAACGACAUCGACGCCGAGAGCAGCGAGGAGACGACGUUCUCCAAGAAGUGCAUCGUCCGCAACAAAGCCUACUCGCACAGUCAGACGAUACCGUCGUUCGACCUGAACUCGCACUGCCUGUGCGUGGCCGGCGAGGUUUACUGCUGGUGGCAAACGGCUCAGCGCAGCAGCAGUGACGCGCCUCUAACGCUAUCGACCGAAUCGCCGCCCUUGCCUUCGACCCGCAAAGCCACGACGGAGAACAACAAUGCCUGGAUAGACGAGGACGAUGAUCAGGAUUACUCGGGGUCGGUAUCAGAGCAGCCGCAAGAGGCCUAUCAAUCUGCGCAGCAGCAGCAACAACAACAGAAUAUCAAUCAUCCGACAGAUUCAUCGAUGGAGGACGAGGUGAAUGACGACGACGACGACGACGACGAUGACGAAGACGACCAAGACGACGCCGAGGAGGACGACAGCUACGAGCCAGACGACGUUGAUGAGGACGAGGAAGACGAGGCCAAAAAGGACGAUAAAGCCAAAGCAGCGGUUGCCUCCUCGCCCGAGGUCGAGAAUUCCACGGCUGCAGCGGCAGCGUCAACGACGGCCAAAACACCAGCGACGUGUCUCGUCAUGGGAAGAACGUAUCGGGCCGGCGAGGUGCUGCCGCACACGACGGGCAACUGCGUCGAGUGCAGCUGCGGCCAGCAGGGCAGAAUCGAGUGCGCGCCCCACGACUGCGUCGGCCUGAGGCCGCAGCGGCCCGGCGGCGGCGGCGGCGGUAGCAGCAACGACCUCGAGCUCUUCGAUCUCGAUCGCGAUCCCGGCAUCUACGAGAGCUUCUAAGCUUUCACACGUACAGCCUAAUACGUAUUAGCGGAUCGUCGUGGCGUAAGGAAGAAAACGUCGUCGUUUUGAGAUCGAGGAACAAAGUUUGUCCACGAGGUGUACCACUGAAAUAUAAAGCUCGAUUAUUUUUAAUAUAAUUAUAUAAUGUACUCUGAGCAAAGUAUGAAAAUAAGUUUUGUUAUUUUGAAAACUCGCAGAAUCAGGUUAUUUCAAUCAAAGAUAAUUCAAGGCUCUUUUCGAAUAUUACUCCAAAGACAGCUUUACAAAGUAUAAAUAUAAUACAAAAGAUUAUUAUCACAUAACUUAAGAUUAAAUGAACUUAACGUUUCACUGAUGCUUUUAAUUACGAAAUGAUAUAAGCUUCUUCAAUCCACCGCGCUAAGCCUAGGCAAUCGAGAUAAUCUUUGUAAUCGUGUUCGGGGCGGUGGAUCGCAAUUAUGAUAUAUCACAUAGAAGCUUGCGCUGAAAUUACAAUUAUUUGCCAGCGAUGAAUUUCAUCAACAAACGUUAUUCAGAAUAUUUUUGAUGAUAGAUCGAAGUCGGACCUUUAGUUAGCUCUUAAUCUGUGAAUUUUAAAAAAUAAAGUAAUUCAAAUUUUAGAACAAAUGUUUGAUAAUAACGAUAAACAAAAAUAUCGAUACCUUUAGAAAAUGAACGCACAUUCGAAUAAUCAAAAAGUUUUUCAUGUAACAUUAAAUAUGGAAAGAAAAGGAGAAUGAAAAAAUGAUCAGAUUAGAUUAGAUUAUAAUAAUGGAAACCAAAAUAUUUACCACAAAAAACUUCACAAUUUUCGAUCUUAGUGAUGAUAGAUUAAUAAAAAUGUAAAUAUAUUUAGCGCGACAACAAGAAACAUUUGUGUACAGUGGUUAGUACGCGAUCUGCAAAUAGUAUACUAAAAGAUUUUAAACAAUGUAAUAGGAUCAGCUCGUGAUAAAGUAAUCGAAAAGUCAUUUAUUUUGAAUACUCAAAACGCGAAUUGAAGAAAAAUAAUAAAAAAUAACUGUCCUAUAGAUUAUUUCCGAUUGCAGAAUACUAAAAUAUCCCUGCGCAUUCGUAUAAGCAGUAUAGACUCCGAUAACAGACAAUUUUCGACAUAUCGACAAAAACGUUUUCCUAAAAUUGAUAAAUUUUGCAUCAAGACAUGUUCGACGAAAAAUAAGCGCUAGUCAUUACGAUAUAAAGAUGGUGAUAACAUUAAUAUCGAUUCAACAAUUUUAUAUAGCGUAGAAUUUUUUCAUAAAAAUGAAAUUCAUAAGCCUAAUGUACUUACAUUUAUCUCUUAUUGUAUUUGGGUCUAUAGAAUUACAACGUAGUCGUAUGAGACUUUCGUUGAUGUUGUUUAUACGUAGAAGAUCCUUAUAAACAAAACAAAGAUAUAAAGUUGUAUUCUUUUCACUUCGAAAUCUUAUAGACUUUGGAUACAAUAAAAAAGUCCAACGUGUUCCAUAAAUGCGUUAAAAAAUAAA